GGUUCACGUGUGAAGACGGCUUGCCCUGAGGACAACAAACACGCGAUUGCUAAAAGUGAUGAAAUAAUGUAAUUUAUUUUAGGUGAAAUUGAGGUGAAUCCGCGCUGUCGCCAUGCGGAGUCCAGCUGUGCGAAUGUUCCACAGGUUAGAGGGUUUGUUCUGCGUCUACAAACCCGCAGGAGUUCACUGGAAGCUGGUGAGGGACACCAUCGAGACUAAUCUUCUGAAAGGUGUGAAUGACACACCUGCUCCGCCUCUUCCUCAUGAGGUUCGCUUCUUACCAAACCCAAACAAACAACCUGAAGCACCUGGAGGACUCAUGCUGCGGCCAGUCUCUGUCCCCGUCUUGUCCAAGCACCCUCUGGUGACAGGACCUGAAUUCCAGCAUCUCAAAGUUGGAGUGGGUCACCGCCUGGAUGCUUCAUCUUCUGGUGUUCUUGUUCUGGCUGUGGGGAACGGGAACAAGAUCCUCAAUGAUCUCUACCAGAUACGAACCACAAGGGAUUACACACUGGAAGGUGAAUUUGGGAUGGCAACACAUGAUUUCACUCACACAGGUCGAAUUGUGGAAAGAUCCACUUAUAAUCACAUCACUCAAGAGAAGAUGGAGACAGUGCUGGCCAUGCUGGAGGGAGCCAAUCAAAAAGCCCUGAGAAUGUAUUCAAGUGUAGACAUGAACUCACAGGAAGCAUAUGAGCUGGCUGUAGAAGGCUUAUUGGGUCCAGACGGGAAAUCGGUUCCUAUUUUGACAGGCUUACGAUGCAUUCGCUUCCAGCCACCACACUUCACCUUAGAGGUGCAGUGCCUGAAUGAAACUCAGAAAUACUUGCGGAAAGUUGUGCACGAGAUUGGACUGGAGCUGCGGAGCACGGCGGUGUGUAAAGGAGUGAGGCGGACCAGAGACGGCUUCUUUACCCUGCCGGACGCUCUCACGCGUAACCACUGGUCGGCUGCUGACAUCCUACAGGCUGUUCAGAAAUACCGCUCAAAAAAGAACAAGAAAAGCUCCAGGACUGCAGCUGAUAAAGCAAUGUUACAGACAUCUGAGGAAACGCUCGCAGUCUCUCAAGAAAACAGAGCUGUUAAGGAAGAAACAACAACUGAGGUGCAAUGUAGUUCAACUGAUGGGUGAUUUAAAAAAAAUAAAAGUGGACUGAAAUAGUGAUAUUUCACAGCGCGGUUGAUAAAGAAAUUUUACUAACAAGGGUUUAAAAGGAGAAUGGCCCUCAAAUAUAUUGGGUCAAUAUACAAAUGUGACUCUAUUGUUGCUGGCCAAGGUUUAUACAGAAGUCCUUGAGAUAAUUAAUAUUGUUACUCUUUUCUCUACUCCUUUUGGCUACUAAAACCCUUCAAAGAACUCUUAAGAGUUAUUUUUUAUUUACACGUAUCAGUUCUGGAUGCUGAUCAAUCACGUGAGUAUUGAACAAAUCCUCUUCAUGACAGCUGUGUGGUCAGUCAGCCACCAAUAACUUUUCAGGCCUUAAUGUGUCAUUAAAAAAACAAAUAAAAUCAAAACCUGUGGGAGUGUUUUAUUAAAUAUUAAGUAAAUGUAUUUAAUAAUUUUUUAAUCAAUUCAUCCCUUUUGGAUUUGAGGAAAUUAACAGAAAUUACAAACAUGUGAAUCUAUAACUUGUUUCUACAGUUUGUUGCAUAAACGUUGUGAUUGUGGUGGAAGUCUUAAGUGCCAAAUGAUAACAUAAGCCAUUAUUAGAGCCUAAUACAGGAUGUAUUGGUUUAUUACCACCAUUUAUAUCGAUUUUACACUGUCCAGUGCUUGUAAAAUAUAUGCUGUGCUUUGAGAAAA